GGAGGCUACAAGGUCUCCGAAUCCUAUUAAACUAUCAAUAGUAAACGACAAGAAAAAUAAUAUAGUGAAGGAUUUGAGAGACUUUGUUGAUCUCAACCUAUGUGCUCUCGCCAAAAAGGAGGGUGUUGAUACUGUUCUACAUAAUGCAACAAUGACAACACAAAAAAGAAUUGACAUGGUACCAGGCGGUAGAAUCAGUGAUUAUUUCGGUGAGAAUCUCGAUCGUAAUAUUAUCCAUAUCCUCGUAGAAUCUGUACCAGAGGAGAAUUAG